AAAGCUCUCGAGCUACAAGAAUAUCUAAUGAAAAAUGGGAGGCUCCAUUUAAAAAAUUCAAAGCGACCUUGCCCUGACCUUGACAACGCCACCCAAGGUCAAACCAAUGAUACCAUCUUAUGUCCCCCUCGAAGUCACAAAACUUUUGUCUGAAACAUUUUUCGAUUUAACGCAGUGCUUCUGAGAUAUUUGAAUGGAUUCUUUAAAAUGGGACACCCUGUAUAUACAUAUAUUAUUAUCAGGCAAAACAGGUAUAUUCGGAGCAAUUAUUAGAGCUGCAUAGAGGUCAGGGAAUGGAUAUUUAUUGGAGAGAUAAUUUCAUCUGUCCAACUGAGGAAGAAUACAAGACUAUGAUAAUAAGAAAAACUGGUGGGCUCUUCAAUUUAGCGGUAAGAUUAAUGAAACUGUUCUCAACUUAUGAAGAAGAUCUUUCGUCAUUAAUAGCUACUUUAGGAUUAUAUUUUCAAAUACGCGACGAUUAUUGUAACAUGUGCCUCGAUGAUUACGCUGAGAAUAAAAGUUAUUGUGAAGAUUUGACUGAAGGAAAAUUCAGCUUUCCGAUUAUUCAUGCCCUUAGAAGCAAUCCUGAAGAUAGACAAAUAAUAAAUAUUUUACGACAACGAACAAAGGAUAUCGAAGUGAAACGUUAUUGCGUUAAAUUAUUAAAGAAAUUUGGUUCCUUUGAAUACACAAGAAAUGUACUUGAAGAAUUGGAAUCGACUGCGAGGGCUGAAAUUAAACGAUUAGGUGGUAACGCGCUUUUGGUGAAGAUUUUGGACGGGCUUAAGAAAUAGGAUCCAAAAUGGGCGCCUAAGGAUCCUUUAACUGGAACGCUUUAAAUUUAAGAUUACUUAUUUUUUGUAAAACGGCAAAAAAUAGCAUUACACAGGUUUUUAAAUAAUAUUACACAAUGCAAAAUAAUUGUAAUGAUGCAAGUGGUAAAG